UAUAAAGUAAUCGUAUAAAAGUAACGAGUGCGAAAAAUUUUCUGCCGUGUCUGCUCCGGUCGGAGAGCUGACUGAUUAAAAAUAUAUUAUAAAUUAACAUAUGUAAAUUUAUACGUUAUCUUAAUCCGCUAACAAUGGAUCUUAAUUAAAUAAAACAUUUUUUUUGCACCGGGAACACUUCGUACACGACAUUUUGGGUGAGGCUUUUUGCUUGUACUCAUACACAAGCAUUUCAGGGAAACGCUUCGUAAAAUUUCGGUAUGUUGUUUCUCAAAACCGACUUGCUUGAAGCGUAAUUUAUCAGUGCUAUUACGUUUUUCAAAAAAGUAUAAAUGUGUAUAAUUUUCAUAGAAAUGUGUGUACGGAUGCUGCGCCUCUGAUAUACCUAGAGGAUGUGGUUAAAACCCAACGAAAUGUUUGUGUUAAAAAAGUAAAUCUAUAUAGGAAAUGUCUACUGGAUAUCGAAUUAACUUUUUUAUGCUCAUGGUUGUGUAUGAUUGGGAGGAGCGGACGGAAAAGGUGUAUAUAGUAUGAGUUCUGAUUUUGAUAUUGAUUGAAUCACAGUUUCCUGUUCUAAAAGUUAUAUGAACUCCGGUUUCGUAUCCUAAAGCAACAUAUACGAGGCAGAGGUCAAAUACCCUAGGUCGUUGUAUGUAAGUCAUGCCCAACAGUAACGACUUUUCCGCAGAGCACCCCGGAAAGUUGUCCAAAAACACAGCGGUAAUCAACAAUUUAUUCUCAAACAUGGCCACGAGUAAGGGUGGGAAUACACCCGCCGAGGCGCAGUCCUCUAGCAAUUCUACUAAAAAUACUGAAAAUUCAUUAAUUAAGCAUCAAGGGCAAAAAUGGCAUCAAGUCUUCGAUUUUGACAAAAUGAUAAAGCAAAUUCGGGCAACAGUUUCCGAAAAGCAACAUCAUCGUAACAAAGGGGAUACAUCGUCAUCAAGUAAUAAUGGAAAAAGCGCCACAGCCACUGCAGCAGCUUCGUCUUCAAAAUCCAACGGUUCAUCCAAUUCCAAAAAUGCACGGUCUAUACGUCAAGUGCAACGUUUAAGCGGUAACGAUAUGCACUACUAUGGCAUAGUUCCAAAGAAAGCAUCGGCUGAUGUUAUUGUUUGCAGCAUAUGUCGUGGCAUUUAUACCAUGGUCGGUUUCAAUAAUCACAUGAUUAUGCAGCAUCCCUCCGCUUGGGGCGCCGUCUCAUCCAAGUUAGCCAAUGCACCAGCAUCCAAUGACAUGAUCAAUUUAAUUCCCAAUGACAAUAGUCAAGAUUGUUUGCGAGAUGGACCAGGUUUGACUGCUCCUGAAAUUUUGGGAUCACCGUCAGAUCUCUCUGGCAUAAUGUCCACAUCAUCAAAUGCAUCUUCAUCGUCAUCCUCCAUAUCGACAACAUCAUCAACAUAUACCGCCACACCACGUCAUAAAAGUAGUAAAAGUGGUGGUACAACGGCUGGGAGCAGUUCGUCCGGUGGCAGCAGCAGCACAAGUGGAAGUCGUUCGCGGAGUAAACAAUCACGACACAGCAGUAGUAACAACCAUGCCGCUGCGGUCGGGAUUCAUACGUCCAGCAACGCCAGCACGGAGAGCGCGCAAGCGUCGAGCAAAAGCUCUAAGAAAAACUCCAGCAACAACAGUUCCGGCUCGAAUGCAAAUAGCCACAAAAACGAAAAUGCCAAUAAUCCGUCAUCGUUAGCAAUAACCGGAAUGUCAACGACUAUUACGAAUGCAGUAACCCAUAGCGGUAAACAUAGUAAGGAUACGAGUGUAUUAGAUACAUUGGCAACAACGCCAAUUGCGCUCUAUUCUUCGUCCUCGAAUUCCUCAUGCUCUUUACCACCAACACCAAAGCUGAGCACAUCGUUAGCUGAGGUCAAAAGCCCUGCGUUCGUUGCUCAAGAAUCCGUCGACUCACCUGUUUCUAGCUCUAGCCUUGAAUACGAACGUAUUAGCGCAGGUGGCAAAUCGGUAUCAGGCAAACCAACUCAUACAUCGAAUGCUCCUGGAAAAAACUCAAAAGCUAAUGGAAAUGCUGCUUCUUCCUCUACACAUAACUCAAAAGAAGUUGCGAAAGUUGCUGCCAUCAAAGAUGUAAAUCGUUUUGAUACAACACCCUUAACGGAACUCGAUCAGGCGGUUUCUUCAAUAACUGAAAAUCCUAGUCUAAUUGAUAAGAAAAGCGUUAGCUGCAUUAAAAAUAUUAUGGAUACGACUAACAUCAGUAUGCCACCAAGCAUUAACAAUAUAUUCCAAAUGCCAACAACUACAACAAAUACGGAAAACAAUAGUGAAAAACUACUACAGGCGGCUAUGAACGCGCCUACAACCAAUGCCACCAACAUGAAUGUUGUGCAAACGGUGAUGGCACCAAACUAUGUGGUGCCACAAGAAGUGGCGCAGACGUGUGAAGAUGCAUUACCGCAUAAUACGUCGGAUGAUAAUUCCAUACUGACAUUUGACGAUAUGUUCGAUAGUAAAUUUAUUAAUGAGAUUCUCAGCACAGCCGAUACCGACAUACCCUUCGAUGAGGGUGAAUUUGAUACCGCAACGGCCGCACAGCACCAGCAGCAGCAGCAUCAGCAACAACAACAGACACAGGAUCAGCAUCAGGUGUUUCAGCAACAGGUGCAACCAACAACAAAGCGCAUGCGCUACGACGAAACACUGCUAACGAGUGGGCAACAACAACAACAAAUACAGCAUCAGCAACAGGGACAGAGCGUUGAAAUAACGGGUGAAUUUGUGGCAUACCAACAGCAGCAGCAACAACAACAAUAUGUACCCUACAAUGUUGCAACGCUUGAUGAUUUGAAAUUGUUUAAUAGUUCCGGCCCGUUGGUUGAACAACACCAUCUGCAACAUGCUACGGAACAACAACAGCAGCAGCAACAACAACAGCAACUCACUGCUAUCGACGCUAUGCAAUUGCAACAACUGCUUUAUCAACAACAAACACUAAGCAAUCACUAUGACACCAACAUGGUUGAUAAUUCUGCAGAUUCGAACGCUUUAGCUAUGCAUCAGCAACAAUACGAUCACAGCGGUGUUGUUAGUGCCAAGCAAUUAAUGGAUAUAUGCGCUUCAGUAGAUAUGAAAUCGAAUAAAUUAACCGAUUUUGCCACAUUGCCAGCAGCAACUGGCGGUACCUAUGAGCACUGCUAUGAUAAUAUGGCAGCACACUUCCAACUAUAUAAUAUACCCUCACUCACAGAUGAUGACAAUGUCGACGCUGUAGUUCAGCAAAUGCCUACUACUGGUGGCGAUGCUAACCUACUCUUGCCAAACGUCGUCAAUGGCAUGCAACGCGCGACUCAACAAUAUGUGCUGCCGGGCGGUGUUGGUGAAGAUCACUUGAUUUAUGAAAUUACCGAUAACAACCAAGUGGCUGUUAUAAGCCAACAAAGGCAACAACAGAUGCUAAACGAAUUUCUAACACAAGCCAAUUACGAUCAGGUCGCAACGGAUAUAAAUGAUCCGGCAAAUGCGGCGCAAAUGCAACAAAACAACACCAACGUUGAUAAUAUAAACGCAAAAGAAGUUACUGAUAUUGAUGAUGAUUUGCUCGAAUUCGAUUACUCACUGUUGGAGACGUUUAAAACGAUAAGCAGCAGUAGUAGCAAUAGCAGCAACAGUGGCGGCAACGCAAAAUCCAUUAAAACCGAGUUGAACAGUAGCGCCAGUAGCAGUAGUAAAUAUUAUGACGACGUCUAUUUGAAUGCCUACCUUUACGCGGGCAUACCAAAGCCAAUUGCAAUCAAUUGCUUUGGUCUUAUCAAGAUGCCAUUCGCUGCCGCAACCACAUUCAGGAAACACAUACUAAACGCACGCAAAGCCAAUAACAGUCCAAUCACACUGAGUGGUGGUGGUGGCAUUAACGGUAUUGUUUGUUCCAAUUCAGCUGCCACGGCACGUUUAACCAACAAUUCCAAAUCGAUGCAAAAUUAUUUCGCUAAUUUGAAUUCGUCCUCGAAUUCGUUGGUCGGCAGCGAGUUUUCAAUUGGCAGUAUUACCAUAACUAAUUCGUCGGUUUCGCAAAGCCAACUGUAUGCGGCACAACAGAAGCAACAGAACGCUAGUAACAGUAAUAGCAGCAGCAAUGCUGUUGGUGGUGGGAGCAUGGAGAUCACCUUCAAUACGAAUUCCAAUGGCUGUGGCUCGGCUAUGUCGCCCGUUUCGUCGCUGCAACGUUCACGUUGCAAGUCGGGUAAUGCCACGUCAAGUGGCGGCGGCGGCGCCACACUUGUGCGUAGCAAAUCACAAACCGGUGCACCGGUUGCUGUUGUUACGCCCACCAGUCGUCUGCCGCCACCGCCGCGUCCCAGCACUGCUGGUCCUGUGCUGGCGCAAAACAGUAAAACAAUCUUUGUUAGCAACACACCGGCGAACAGUGGUGAACGCAUCAAAUUCAUUAAGCGUUGUAUGCCGCUUAUCGCCAGCAACAACACUAACAAUAGCGGUGUGCGCAAUGAUGGUAGCAAACGACCAAAAUUCUCACCACGUCAAAUUGCCGAUUUGUUGGGCGGCAUAAGUACUAAUAAUAGUAAGAACAACAAAACCUUAGCGACACAGCCAACUAACGAUGCGGCCAAUAACGGUCCAAGCAACAAUAAUAUGCAUGAAACAGCCGCAACUGGCAAUAAUAACAACAACUCAAACGCAAAUACCACAACCAACGCGGAUGAACAAUUGAAAUUGGAACGCGUUGCACACUUUUACGAGCGCCGCCGCAAACUUUACGAUUUGGCACGUAACAACAGCCGUCAGCAGCAGCUCCAGCAGCAGAAGCAACAGGAACCUCAACGCACGCAACCGCCACAUGUGCAGCAAAACUUAUUAAAACAACAACAACAACUAUUCAAAAUGCUCACAGAUUACGGGCAAUUGAAUGCGGCGGUAGGUUGUAAGAGCGCCAACGCGACGCCAAGCAGUAACAAUAACGGUGGCAACGAAGUUUUGCGUAUUUCUGUUUGAAGAGUCACA